AUGUCUUCUGCAGCCUACAUUCCGCUCCCUCAAGGAGCUGGCUUUGCCGUUGUUGUUGGUUUAGGUGCGGUUUUCGCCGCAGGCAUGGUGCUCACCACCUUUUGUCUCAAGCGCUACAACAAAGAAAUCAUGACUGCUGAAGAGUUCUCCACCGCCGGUAGAUCUGUCAAGACAUUUUUGCUUUCUGCUGCGGUUGUGUCGUCCUGGACUUGGGCUGCGACGCUUCUUACGUCUACAGUCCAGGUGUACAACAAUGGUGUCUCUGGUGCCUUGUACUACGCUGCAGGUGCUUCUGUCCAAAUCAUUUUGUUCGCCUGUUUGGCCAUCAAAGGAAAGGAGAGAGCUCCAUCUGCUCACACCUACCUUGAAAUCAUUAAAACCCGGUACGGUAGCAUCACCCACGGCAUCUAUUGCUUUUGGGGCUUCGCUACCAACGUGUUAGUUACGGCCAUGUUAUUGACUGGUGGUUCCGCUGUGGUUCACGAUUUGACCGGAAUGAAUGUGGUGGCUGCAUGUUUGUUGUUGCCACUCGGAGUGGUGGUUUACACCUUGUUUGGUGGUAUCAAAGCUACGUUUUUGACUGACUAUGCGCACACAGUCGUGAUUGUGGUGAUUAUGUUGGUUUUCGGCUUCAAUGCGUUUGCCAUUUCGGACAAAUUGGGCUCACCGCUGGCGGUUUGGGAGGCAGUAACUAAGUUGGCACUUACGCAACCACGUUCUGGUAAUGCUGGAGGCUCUUACUUGACCAUCAAGUCCCAUUCGGGUGGUAUUUUCUUUGUCAUCAACAUUGUUGGUAACUUUGGUACGGUGUUCUUGGAUAAUGGAUACUUCAACAAGGCUUUUGCCUCAGACCCAGCUGCCACUUUACCUGGGUACGUUAUUGGUGGAUUGGCAUGGUUUGCUAUCCCAAUGUUUGUGGCUACAACCAUGGGCCUCACUGCCUUAUCUUUGCAAGACACCCCUGCUUGGCCAACAUACCCUAACAAGAUGACACCAGCCGAAGUCAGCGCAGGUUUGGUAUUACCCAAUGCUGCUGUGGCAUUAUUGGGCAAAUCGGGUGCCGUGAUGAGUCUUUUAUUGGUCUUCAUGGCUGUGACUUCUGCCAUGUCUGCUGAAUUGAUUGCCGUAUCAUCGAUCUUCACUUAUGAUAUCUACAGAACAUAUGUGGAGCCCAAGGCUCUGGGAAAGAAAUUGAUGUUGAUGUCGCAUGCUUCCGUCAUUGUCUUCGCCUACGUGAUGGCUGGCUUUGCCAUUGGUUUGUACUAUGCGGGUAUCUCCAUGGGAUACUUGUAUGAGUUGAUGGGUGUCAUCAUCGGCGGUGCGGUGUUGCCAUCGGCUUUAACAUUACUCUCGAGCAGACAAAACUGGGCAGCAGCAACCUAUACACCUCCAGUCGCUACGGCCUUAGCCAUCAUGUCGUGGUUGGUCUGUACAAAGAAAAAAUUUGGUCUGAUCAGUGUGGACACAACAUUCAUGGACGAUGCUAUGUUGACGGGAAAUGUUGUGGCUUUAUUGUCGCCUAUGAUAAUCAUUGUGGUUUUGACAUUAGCAUUCGGACCUCAGAAUUUCGACUGGAACUUGUUGAAAACCAUUACUCGUGUGGACGAAGAGGAAGAGUUGUUGGAGGCCGAAGGUGAACAAACGGACCCAGAGAAACUCGCACCUGUGAGAUCGCAAAUCACUCAGGUGGCACAUGAAAUUGCCAUUGACCAAGCUGAGAAGUAUGCAGCAGAAAGCGCUCGAUUGAACCACGCUUUCAAGAUUGCCAUCACAAUUUGCUGUGUUUUGGCCGUGUGUUUGAUUUUGUUGUGGCCAAUUCCUAUGUACGGAACAGGCUACAUUUUCUCUCGUCAUUUCUUCACGGGCUGGAUUGUUGUUUUGUUCAUCUGGUCAUUCUUCACGGCAUUCGUUGUUAUUAUCGGCCCCCUUUGGGAAGGCAGAGAAGGAAUCGCUACUACUGUGAGAGGAAUCUAUUGGGACUUGAGUGGACAGACACACAAGUUGAGAGCAUGGCAAAAUGACCAUCCAGAAAAAUUGCACGCCGUGCAAAGUCAGGUUUCAGCCGAGUUGACCAGAAUCACUAGCGUGGAUGGCCGCGUUGUGGAAGGAGGCUAUCUUACGCCGCACCAUAUUGACGUUGAGUUAGAAGACGCGAAAAAGGAUUAA